AGAGCAUAAGAGUGGGUUGAAGAGCCACUUUUGGGUGAGACUUGGGAAUUCAUUUCAGCCUCAGUUCCAAUGUUCACGGACUCUUGUGGUCUCAAGGCAUCCCUAGAAGCUUCAACUCUGGAGGCAAUGGGUCGAAAGGAAGAAGACGACUGCAGUUCUUGGAAGAAACAGACCACCAACAUUCGGAAAACCUUCAUCUUCAUGGAAGUGCUGGGAUCAGGAGCUUUUUCAGAAGUGUUUCUUGUGAAGCAAAGGGUGACUGGCAAGCUCUUUGCUCUGAAGUGCAUUAAGAAGUCACCCGCCUUCCGAGACAGCAGCCUGGAGAACGAGAUCGCUGUGUUGAAAAAGAUCAAGCAUGAAAAUAUUGUGACCCUGGAGGACAUCUACGAGAGUACCACUCAUUACUACCUGGUCAUGCAGCUGGUCUCCGGUGGGGAGCUCUUUGACCGGAUCCUGGAGCGAGGUGUCUACACAGAGAAAGAUGCCAGCCUGGUGAUCCAGCAGGUUUUGUCAGCAGUGAAAUACCUCCAUGAAAAUGGCAUUGUCCACAGAGACUUAAAGCCUGAAAACCUGCUGUACCUCACCCCUGAAGAGAAUUCAAAGAUCAUGAUCACAGACUUUGGUCUGUCCAAGAUGGAACAGAGUGGUGUCAUGUCGACAGCCUGUGGGACCCCAGGCUAUGUGGCUCCAGAGGUGCUGGCCCAGAAACCCUACAGCAAGGCUGUGGACUGCUGGUCCAUUGGCGUCAUCACCUAUAUAUUGCUGUGUGGGUAUCCUCCAUUCUAUGAAGAAACCGAGUCUAAGCUUUUUGAGAAGAUCAAAGAGGGCUACUAUGAGUUUGAGUCUCCAUUCUGGGAUGACAUUUCUGAGUCAGCCAAGGAUUUUAUUUGCCACUUGCUGGAAAAGGACCCAAAUGAACGGUACACCUGUGAGAAGGCCUUGCGGCACCCCUGGAUCGACGGGAACACAGCCCUCCAUCGGGACAUCUAUCCAUCUGUCAGCCUCCAGAUCCAGAAGAACUUUGCCAAGAGUAAAUGGAGGCAAGCCUUCAAUGCCGCAGCCGUUGUGCAUCACAUGAGGAAGCUGCACAUGAGUCUGCACAGCCCCAGCACCCGCCCAAAAGUGGAGAACAGGCCUCCUGUCCCCCCAGCCUCAGAAGCCUCUAGAGCCAGCUCCCCUGAGAUCACCAUCACCGAAGCCCCUGCCCUGGACCCCAUUGUGCCCCUCGCUGUGCUGCCCCAGCUGCCCUGCCAACACAACUCCCAGCCCAGUGCCCCCGGCGGCAGGUCCCUCAACUGCUUGAUCAAUGGCUCUCUGCGCAUCAGCAGCAGCCUGGUACCCAUGCAUCAGGGGCCGCUGGCCACGGGGCCCUGCGGCUGCUGUUCCAGUUGUCUGAACAUUGGGAACAAAGGAAGUUCCUCCUAUUGCUCUGAGCCUACUCUCCUCAAAAAGACCAACAAAAAGCAGAACUUCAAAUCAGAGGUCAUGGUGCCAGUUAAAGCAGGGGGCAGUUCCCACUGCCGAACAGGGCAGACUGGGGUCUGUCUCAUUAUGUGAUCCCUGAAGCCUGUGCUUGUGUCACUGCAGUUUUCAGGAGACAUGUCUGACUCUUCUCUGCCCUUCCAACCC